UUCCCUGUACACCUUUGGAAGGAGCUCACUAUGACAGGGCAGAGUCUGAAGGCUUUAUCUGAAACGAAUUUUGAAGACAAUGAGAUCAGCAUCAACGUUGGAGGCUUUAAGAAAAAGAUGAGAUCCAACACAUUAUUAAGAUUCCCUGAGACCAGGCUGGGCAAACUGCUGAGCUGCCACUCAAAGGAGUCGAUACUGGAGCUCUGCGAUGACUAUGAUGACACCAAGAAUGAAUUUUAUUUUGACAGAAACCCUGAGCUCUUCCCUUACGUGCUACAUUUUUAUAACACCGGCAAGCUCCAUGUGAUGGGUGAACUCUGCGUGUUUUCUUUCAGCCAGGAGAUUGAAUAUUGGGGAAUCAAUGAAUUCUUCAUAGACUCCUGCUGCAGUUACAGCUACCAUGGGAGAAAAAUGGAGCCAGACCAAGAGAAAUGGGAGGAACAAAGUGACCAGGAAAGCACCACAUCUUCUUUUGAUGAGAUUUUGGCAUUCUACAACGAUGCCUCUAAAUUUGACAAACAGCCCUUUGGAAACAUCAGGAGACAGCUCUGGCUUGCUUUGGAUAAUCCUGGGUACUCAGUCCUAAGCCGAAUCUUCAGUGUCCUUUCAAUAGUGGUGGUGCUGGGCUCCAUCGUGACCAUGUGCCUGAACAGCCUCCCAGACUUUCAGAUUGUUGACAGCAACGGGAACCCCGAGGAAGACCCUCGCUUUGAAAUCGUGGAACAUUUUGGUAUUGCAUGGUUCACUUUUGAACUGGUGGCGAGAUUUGCAGUAGCUCCUGACUUUUUAAAAUUUUUCAAGCAUGCCCUGAAUUUGAUUGACCUAAUGUCUAUCCUUCCAUUUUAUAUUACCUUAAUUGUCAACUUGGUGGUGGAAAGCAGCCCAACUUUAGCAAAUUUAGGCAGGGUCGCACAAGUCCUGAGACUGAUGAGGAUCUUUCGCAUCUUAAAGCUUGCUAGACACUCCACAGGUCUCAGGUCUCUUGGAGCCACCCUGAAGUAUAGCUACAGAGAGGUGGGGCUUCUUUUACUUUACCUCUCUGUUGGCAUCUCCAUUUUCUCAGUAGUGGCUUACACCAUUGAGAAGGAAGAGAAUGAGGGGUUAGCCACCAUCCCUGCUUGUUGGUGGUGGGCUACUGUUAGCAUGACCACAGUUGGCUACGGGGACGUUGUGCCAGGGAGCACUGCUGGCAAGUUGACGGCAUCUGCAUGCAUCCUAGCCGGUAUUCUAGUGGUAGUGCUUCCCAUUACACUGAUCUUCAAUAAAUUCUCCCACUUUUAUAGGCGUCAGAAGCAGUUAGAGAGUGCCAUGAGAAGCUGUGAUUUUGGUGAUGGCAUGAAAGAAGUUCCGUCAGUCAACUUAAGGGACUACUAUGCUUAUAAAGUUAAAUCCCUCAUGGCCAGUCUUACCAAUAUGAGCAGGAGUACCCCCAGUGAGCUGAGCCUGAAUGAUUCACUGCAUUAGCGUACAAGUUUGACAGCAGUUUGCAUGAGAGCUAUCAAGAGCUAUGUUUAUAAAUGUUUUCCAAUUUGUCUUCUUUUUUCCUAUAGUGUUGCUGACACUGCACUAACUUUGCACUUGAGAAACUAAAGACAUUUCUUUUACAAGUUGACAGUUUGCACAUUUUCAUCCUGUUGCAUAAGUACUAAAUGCUGACAUUUCCAUUCAAAUGUUACCACUUCCAUGACAUUAGUGCUAGUGGUAUAGUGAUGAUCUGUUACUUUGUGCAUUUCCACAUCUGAUCAGAGAAAUGAACGUACCCAAGUGGAAUAAAAAUUCUCAGCUCCGACACGAGUAAUGAAAAAA